CUCAUCUGGCUUCUCUUCACUGAGCCUGCCCCAAGAACUGGCAUGCUGCCCCCCAUUUCCCACCUCUAGGCCCCAGCACAGCUCAGCGCCAUCUCGCACCUGCUCAUCCCACCUCCUGCCCUCCAAGAGGGAGACACAGGGCCAGACACCCUCCACCCACGGGUGCCAAGCUCGCCGAGGCUGAGGCAGAAGGAGGCCGCACCCAUGGAGUCUCAGCUACUGCCACUGGCUGCCCUGCUGCUGCUGGGGGUGCCGGUCACUUCCUGCCUUGGACAGCAAAGAUGGGAGGACCCAGGGAUCCCAGUGAGACUAGGAAGCUCCAACUCGAGGUGCCAGGGCCAACUGGAGGUCUACUUCAGGAACAUGUGGCACACAGUGUAUAGCCAGAGCUGGGGCCAGUCUGCCUACCACUGGGACAACCCCAGGCCGGCCUCCAAGCUCUGCCAGAAGCUGCGCUGUGGGGAAGCCUUGGACCUUGCCCACUUCCCUGCCUUCAACAGUCCCCAGAGCCAGAUCACCUGCCAUGGACAGCUGGGGUCCUUCUCCAACUGCAGUGCCAGCAAGGCAAACCAGAGGACCCCCCUGGGUCUGAUCUGCUCAGAGCCACUGCCAACAAAGCCUCCCCCCACAAGCCCCCCACCCACGACCACGCCGGAGCCCACAGCUCCUCCCAGGCUGCAGCUAGUGGCAGGGCCCGGGGGCCUGCGGUGUGCGGGUGUGGUGGAAUUCUACAGCGGCAGCCUGGGGGGCACCAUCAGUUACGAGGCCCGCGGCAGGACCCAGGAUCUGGGGGACCACAUCUGUGCAGCCCUCCAGUGUGGCUCCUUCCUGAAGCACCUGCCAGAGGCUGAAGUGGCCAGGGCACAAGACCCAUGGGAAAGCAGGCCCUUGCCAAUUCGAUGGGUAAUAGAGAACACAAGCUGUGCCUCUCUGGAGCAGUGCUUCCAAAAAGUCCAGCCGCGGGAGGACGGCCAAGUUCUCGCCCUCGUCUGUUCUGACUUCCAGCCCAAGGUGCAGAGCCGUCUGGUGGGGGGCAGCAGCAUGUGCCAAGGCUCCGUGGAGGUGCGCCAGGGCAAGCGGUGGGAAGCCCUGUGCAACAGCCCCUUGGCCAAGAGCACAGUGCGGUGGGAGGAGGUGUGCCGGGAGCAGCAGUGCGGCAAGGUCAAGUCCUGCCAGGUGCUGGAUGCCAGCGAGAAGACCUCCCAGGGGCUCUUCUGUCCCCAGGAGAAGCUGUCCCAGUGCCAUCAGCUUCAGGAGAGAAAAGCCUACUGCAAAAGGGUGUUUGUCACAUGUCAGGACCCAAACCCACCAGGCCUGGGCACUGGCACCGUGAUGAGCAUCAUCCUGGCCCUUGUGCUCCUGGCAGGGCUGCUGGUCCUGUGUGGCCCUCACACCUACAAGAAGCUGGUGAAGAAAUUCCGCCAGAAGAAACAGCGACAGUGGAUUGGCCCAACAGGAAUGAACCAGAACAUGUCUUUCCAUCGCAACCACACGGCGACCAUCCGCUCCCAGGUUGAGAACCCCACAGCCUCACAUGUGGAGAAUGAAUACAGCCAGCCUCCCAGGAACUCCCAGGUCUCAGCUUAUGCAGCUCUGGAAGGAGCCCUGCAUCGCGUCUCCACCCAGCCUGACAACUCCUCUGACAGUGACUAUGAUCUGCACGGGGCUCAGACGCUGUAAAAGCCCACAGAACUGGGAACCUGGAACCCAACAACCAGAGCCAGGCCUUUUGUCCUGAGACCGUUCUGCAUCCACUGCAUGGAAACAUCCCGAUUUCUCCCCCGGCCAGAACAUACAGGGACACAAGGCUGCCUUCAGACAUGU